CAGAUAAGGAAAAGAAACAGUAGAGAGCACUAAAAUACGGCGCAUUGCCGAAAAGCAAGUUGCAAAUUCACCUAAACUCACAAUUUCAAUCCCUAACUAAAGGAAGAAAGACAUAGUAAUGGUUUUCAUGUCUUAAAAGAUUCAACAUUUUGACCGUGAAGAUAUAAUUUGGUUAUUUCCAACAGCGACCAUUAUCACAAAAUAAUCGCAGUAGCGUGGUGCAAUAGGAAAGGAGUUUAAAUUACCUAUUUAGAAGAUGAUUUAGCUUAGAUUACAAGUGAUUCUCUUUAGUAAUUUAAGAAUAAAAUUUCAGAUAAGAAAAUGGCGAUGGUGGAAGGCCCAUUUGAGCAUAUGAUAGGCCACUUUUUAAUUGUUGUAUAUUUGGUUUGAUUAAAUGCGUGCAGGUGCCAGAAAGAAAGGGGCAAGAACAUACUAACAUCAUUCUUGAACUUCAUAAACGACAUCCUCCUUGUCUUUUGGUCUCUGUUUCACAGUUUCACUGUCCCAAUAAGCGAUUUCUAUAGCACUCUCUCUCUAAAAAUCUCGACUGUCCCCUAAUCUUUGAGGGCUCAGUGAUGUUGGUUUGCUAGAUUAGGCACUGCAAAAUUUUCAGAUAGUCCUUCAUGAAUCAUACAUUUGGUGAAGAAAGAAACUUGGCUUAUAGAGUUUAAGAUCAAUAGCUGUAUCCAAUUAGCCCAACAAGAUGGAACAGCACAAGUCUAUCCUUGAGGCUGCUAAUACUGAGAAACAAAUGUUAGCAUUAAUCUACACAAAGGGUAUUUUACACGAUGAUGUUCUAGAGUUAUACCACCAAAUCCGCGCUGUGUAUGAGAAGAUUCUAUUGAACAGCAAUCACUUGCUCGAGCUUCAAGAAGUUGAGCAUCAUAUGUGGAAACUGCAUUACGAGCUCAUCGAUGAAUUUCGUAAAAGAACUAGGCAAAGAUCUCAUAAUGGAGAUAAUACGAGGAACAAUAGUCCACCUGACAGGAUUAAUUCACAGAGCAGCCUUGAUAAAGGCUUGGAAGAAAUCAAGUCAUUCUUGUCUCAAGCAACUGAAUUCUAUAGGAAUUUGAUUGUCAAACUGCGAAGAACUUGUGGGCUCCCUGCAAAUGUCUUCCUUAACAAUAAGGAUCGCUGGUCAUCUUCCAUCGAGCCUAAGAAGCUUCAUGCAUGUCAACAUACAUGCCAUCGCCUCUUAAUUUGCCUUGGGGAUCUAGCUAGAUAUACUGAGAUUAUCAAGAAGCCUGAUGCCUGUGAGUGGUCAACUGCAGCGAAUUACUACCUAGAAGCAACCAGAACAUGGCCAGAUAGUGGGAAUCCCCAUAAUCAGUUGGCUUUAUUGGCAACAUAUGUUGGUGAUGCUUUUCUAGCAUUGUACCACUGUAUAAGGAGUUUGGCAGUCAAGGAGCCUUUUCCCGACGCCUGGAGAAACAUUUUGUUACUAUUUGAAGAGAACAGGUCUACUAAGUUGCCAUCUAUUUCAAUCGAGAUGCAGCUUGACUUCUUAAACCCUUCCAAAAGAAGUUACCUGCAGGAUACAUGCCUUGAAAAGAGUGGUUCUCCACAUAACAGCAAAUCAGAAGACUUGGAUAGCAGCAUUUGCUCCGAAAAGUUCGACUUAUGGCCCCUUCUUGUUAGAACUAUAAGCUUCCUUUUAAUCCGAUCAAGUUUGGAGGAGUAUCCGUGCACCCUUGCUUCUGCUUUGCACAGGUUAGACACUUUGUUGGCACUGGAUGACACGAAGCUUUCUCUCGCUUUGGAGGCUUACCAGCGCAUGGACUCAUCCAGGAGAGGUCCUUACCGUGCUAUUCAAGUUGUGUCAAUAUUCAUCUUCAUUGUUCAUAGCCUUGCAGAGAGCCUGCAGCAAGAGGACUCAACUGGAAAGGAUGACGAUCACAAACAUUCUGCACUAACGCCUUUGGCAUUCGCUGCUAUAUUAAUCUUCAUGGGUCGCCUUACAGAGAGAUGCCUGGACACGGAUAUUUCCCCACUUUUGCCAGCUGUGCUUGUAUUUGUAGAGUGGCUAGCGGGAGCACUUGAUACGGUGCUAGCAUAUGACGCUGAUGAACGGGUUAGAAAUGCUAUGUCCUACUUUCUUGAUGCUCUGGUUGAUCUCUCGGGUCGAAUUGUGCAAUUUGGAAAUAGAACAUCUCUCGAUCAUACUGCUCUUUGGGAAGAUCACGAGCUGCGGGGCUUCUCCCCGUUAAAUCGUGUUCAUGAAAAAAUGGAUUUCACGAGUCAUCUGGAGUGCUUGGAUGACUACAGUAGUGGAAAUGAAGGCCGUUUGCAGCGCAUUGUUGAUGCUGCCAAACGAAUAACGACCAAGUCCAAAAUCUCUCAUGAUAAAGUGGGAAGAUUGCUGUCUAAUUCUGAGAAGACAUUAGAUUUACCGGAACAAGGAGAAGUGGAAACUGCAGCAUCUGUUUCCAGUCAUGAAGCCGAUGAGGAGAAACCUUUGCCUGUAGAAGAGGAAGAAGUCAUUCUCUUCAAGCCAAUCACGAGACGCAACUCAGCGCCGCUUCCUGGUGAACCACACCUACCAACACCAUCUUCUGACGAAUGGUUGCGAAGAGCCACAUCAUUAUCAGCUGCAGAAGAUGCGGACUCCUUCAGUUUCUGCUCCACCACCUCAAAUUCCGGCGACAACAGGCCACUGAAACACCCGACCGGACCCCCCUCCCUCAGCGGUUGGGUCCUCAGCAAAGAAAGCUCGAGCAGCAGCGAAAGAGACAAAGAAGCGAGUGGUUUUAGUAGACCAAAGCUAAGCCCUAUCGAUGAAAUAGCUUCGACAUCCUUCACCGGUCUCUGCAUUAAUGAUAGCAGAGAGUCUGAAAUGGCGAGCGGCCACAUCUCAACGAUAGUGCAUUACGUUACACCAGUGCCAUCAGCCCCCUUGUUGCCGGACGACGCCACUUGGUUGAGGGGACACGAGGCAGACGGCAUUCUUGGUGCGGCGCCAUUGAGCCAGCCGUCUGCAGUAGGUUCGGGGUUUGUUAACGGAUACCCUCCGCUUCUGGGGAUGAGUUCUUCUGAAUGGCUGUAUCACUAUAGGAACAGUCAGAACAUGAAUCCGAUUGCGAUGAAUGCGCCUCCCGCCUUUGGGGCUGAGGUUUCGAGCUUCGAGCUGUGUGAUCAAUGGGGAAACCGCUUGGUGACGAAUCCGAUGGUGUACUGGGGGAGUCCAGAAUACUAUGUUGGUGGUGAAGAACUAGAGAAGCGAGAGAAGGUGUUUGUUGGCUACCAAAGGCCAUUUCCUUAUGGAUGUGGUGUUGGAAUGGAGGUGAGCCAUCAACAGCCGCCGCCGCUUCUGCACUAUCUCAAGGAAAGACAGAGACAACUGCAGCCGCCCUCCUCUCACCUAAGAGGCCCUACUUUUAUGGGAAACUGACUUCCACUUCCACUGCCACUGCCCGUGUUUUUUUCUUCUUUUAAUUUUUGCUGCCAUCCCAAAAUCAGAGAUGAAAUGUCAUUUGUAAACUUUCAAUGAGAUUCUCAACAAUCCUUUGUAUAUAAACAAGUGUGGAAUUGCCUUUCCUGGUUUCAUCA